UGGACAGGCAUUCUCCUGGGACGAGAACGUUCUGCUUCACAGCCUCAUCCUCGAGGGCUCCUCUUCUGCUACUCACCUCACCGAACCCUCUCUCUUUGAAAACCUAUCUGAACGUCUCUCAGAGAGAAGAGAGAGAGCGCCGAGUGACUGAGAUUCGAAGAAGAAGAAGUAGAAGUAGAAGAAUCAGCCUCGUCUUGCAUUUUUGCUUCUCUCGCUGUUCUAGAUUGGAUGGCCAUUGUACCGUGUGGAACUACCUGGCCCGCUCAAUGGGGCAUUCGUCCUCAGUUUAUGCUAAGAUCUUCGAUCACAAACAAGCUUCCAAGAUCCAAUUAUGGUGCUUCAAGCAAGAUCAAUUAUUUGGCAUCCGCAUGUUCAAGCUUAUUCUCACAGGGUUCCUUGCAUGCGUUCAUUUAUGCGGGGUCAUCUCAAACGUCACAUAAUCGUAGGGGGGCUCGAUUCACUGUUAGAGCUGAUAGUGAUUUCUAUUCUGUUCUUGGAGUGUCUAAAAAUGCUAGCAAAUCUGAAAUUAAAAGCGCUUAUCGAAAGCUUGCCAGGAGUUAUCAUCCAGAUGUGAACAAAGAACCAAAUGCGGAGCAGAAAUUCAAGGAAAUUAGCAAUGCAUAUGAGGUUUUGUCAGAUGAUGAGAAAAGAUCCUUAUACGACAGGUAUGGGGAAGCAGGACUUAAAGGUGCUGGUAUGGGCAUGGGGGAUUUCAGCAACCCAUUUGAUCUUUUUGAGUCGCUCUUUGAAGGCAUGGGUGGUAUGGGUGGUAUGGGUGGCAUGGGCGGCAGAAGUUCCAGGAGUAGAGUUGUUGAUGGCGAGGAUGAGUACUACAACCUUGUUUUAAAGUUUAAUGAAGCAGUUUUUGGGGUUGAAAAAGAGAUUGAGAUAACCCGACUGGAGACAUGUGGAACCUGCAAUGGCUCAGGUGCUAAACCAGGGACCACUCCUACCACAUGUAGCACGUGUGGAGGGCAGGGCCAGGUUAUCUCAUCAGCAAGGACUCCAUUAGGAGUUUUUCAACAGGUGAUGACCUGCUCUUCUUGUGGUGGGACUGGGGAGUUAUCCACCCCUUGCACUGCAUGUUCUGGUGAUUCCCGGGUAAGGAGGACAAAGCGGAUAAGUUUGAAAGUUCCAGCUGGUGUGGACUCUGGUAGCCGUUUAAGGGUUCGAUCUGAAGGUAAUGCUGGAAGACGAGGUGGAGCCCCAGGUGACCUUUUCGUAAUGAUUGAAGUCAUACCAGACCCUAUACUUAAACGUGAUGACAACAACAUCCUAUACAGCUGUAAGGUGUCAUACAUUGAUGCUAUUUUGGGUACUACACUCAAGGUUCCAACAGUGGAUGGCAUGGUCGAUUUGAAAAUCCCAGCUGGUACACAGCCAAAUACAACGUUGGUAAUGGCAAAGAAAGGUGUUCCCCUACUGAAUAAAAGCAACAUGAGAGGUGAUCAGUUGGUUCGUGUGCAAGUCGAAAUACCAAAAAGGCUGAGCAGUGAAGAGAAAAAGCUCAUUGAGGAACUUGCCAAUCUCAGCAAGGGCAAGGCUGCGACUAGCAGGAGGUAGUUGUUGAUGGUUACCAUUUGCAUCCCCAUCAAUUUGAUAUCCGCCAACUUACCCUCCCUUGGUGAAUGGACUUCUUGGGAUCCAGUGCAUGUUAAGGGAAAUACAGCAGUUAAGCUGUUUGAACUUCCCUUUUCUUUCUCCCUCCCUCUAUUAUUCUCUCUUCUCUCUCCUCUCUCUCUCUCUCAGUUUCUGGGAUGAUGGUCCUUGGGGAUGGGUAGCAACUGGGAGUGGAGGGGUAGGGUGUUUGUAGUUGUAGCGUUGUAGGUAAUGCCAUGUUAUGAUAAUUUUGUCCCAUAUAAAAGACUCAUAGGAAGGAGAUAAAAGGAAGUGAGAAAGAAUGAAAUCGAUAACAUCUUGCUUUGAUCAUGUUCUGCAUCUGUAAUCUGGACAAUUUUCUCAUAACUUAAUUCUUUUGGAUUGGACAUAAAUUUGAACAAAUCAGAUUUUAUUAUCUGAUAAUUUGUUUUGUUAUUA